UCGUGAAGCCCUCGGUGGCGCCGAAGCCUCCCCACAUCAUGACCAAGGCCAAGAGGGCUUCCAUGGUUGAUCCGCUUUCUUGCCCGGAGAAAGACGAGGAAGCAGCCAUGACGUCAGAGUUCCAGCGUCAGGCGCACAUCCGCUACAGCCUCCGCAGACCCAAGAAGCCUCCGCCGGCGCCCCCUCAGAAUGCCGAGGCCGACGGGGCGCCGCAGGACCUGGGCGGCAGCAGCAGCGACGUCGCGGGGGCCAGGGCCAACGGCCGCGUGCAUCUGAACUGCUCGUACAACACCCUCGAGAGCCAGGAGGGGCACCACGCAUAUCCGAGGAGCUGCACCAGCAGCCCUCACGACCUGCACUCCGGCGCGUCGGACAUCGAGCUCAGCCCGACCUCGAAGUCCUUCUCGAGCGGCCACAGCAUCGGCAGCAAUGACUCCGACCACCUGAAGGUCCCCGCGGCGGCGCUGAGGCUCACGGCCCACUCUACGUACAACCUGCGGACGUCCUCCCCGACGGCGGGCGACGACCAGCCGUCCUCCCUCAUCCACUGCCCGACGGCGAGUCCGACGGCGCUGUCGGCUCUCUUCAGGAAGCGGAGCAUGAGUGACGAGACGCUUUACAAGGGUGCCAGGCACGGUGAGGAGCCGAUCUAUGCCACUCCAAUAUUCCCAAAGGGUUCUUCUGGACAUUCAAGGCAGAGAGAGCUCCACUACAUGUGUUCCGUCCUUUUCACUGACGAGGAGGAGGCUGACGGAGGCCGCGACGGGGCGAGGUGCCGGAGGAACAGCCGAGGAGGAGGAGGAGGAGGAGCAGGAGGAGGAGCAGGAGCAGAUUCCUCCGCCGACGGAAGCAAGAACCGCGCGGGGAUCAUCUCCGUGUGGAAGAGAGAAUUUCGACAGAGCUGCAGACACGUCCAGAACAAGAUUAAGAAGUCGGUCAUCAGAUAGUCUGAGAGUUUUUUUGAGUGAGUGAGUAGGUG